AUGUGUAUGGUCAUAUUUGCUCCGCUUUUUGCUGUUUGUGCAUUUGCAACAUGUGGGGGAUAUUCUGGCCAGAUAACGGUUAAAGUGGAAUGCAUGGAUAAAACCCAAAGAAACAUCAGUAUCAGUUUUGGCUAUCCAUUCAGACUGCAGCAGGUGCACUUCACUGUUCCUCUCUGUGAGGGUAAGAGGUACGAGACGCUCUUCCUUGAGGGAGACUACUCCUCUUCAGCACAAUUCUUCAUUACUGUGGCUGUGUUAGCAUUUCUCUACUCACUCCUAGCUACAGUUGUCUACAUUUUUUACCAGAACAAGUACAGAGAGAAGAAUAGAGGUCCUUUAGUGGAUUGCCUGGUGACUGUGAUUUUCUCAGGUCUGUGGCUUGUGAGCUCAAUAGCCUGGGCUAAAACUCUGUCCGGAGUGAAGACAGCCACAGAUGUGAAUCUGAUACAGAUGCUAAUGUCUGCCUGCAGAGAUGAGGAGAACUUGUGUGAGACCCUAGAGGAGCCUACUUGGACCAGUCUUAAUGUAUCAGUGGCUUUUGGCUUUCUGAAUUUCUGCCUGUGGGCUGGUAACAUUUGGUUUGCCUACAAAGAAACAGGCUUACACAAGUCCGGUCAGCGCUACCCAUCCAGAACGCCAUCUGAGAAACGCAGCAGUAGCUUCAGGCAGUACAGUCAAAGCAGUUUUGACCAAUCCAGAACAGGCUUUGGACAGAGGCUCUACAGCCAGCCAAGUUUUGACCUAUCAGGUGGAGGACUCAACCUCCUGCAGACCAAUCUGGGACAACCUAAAGUUUACAGACAGAUGGGCAGUCCCACCUCUAGAGGACCGCUCAUAUUUGUCAAUGAAAGUCAGUGA